UCCCACUCCAUCACUUUGUCUCUGGAGGUGGAAGCGUCUGUCUCGUGUGGGCAGCUGUCAGAUCAGGGCAUGACGACAGAGUUUCCAGGAUCAAGGAAAACUUGAGAUUGGAGACUCUCAGCACCAUGACAACCUCAGCCUCCAGCAGUGACUACAGUAACACAGAGGACUGUAUUUCUGAAUGCAAAUCCAACCGGAGCGCCUCGGUGGGCUACUACCCCUCUGAGAACACCUUCUCCUAUGAGGACGUGGUCUCCCCGGAGGAGGCAGCCUCUGUGGAAUCCUCAGCCCAUUUUCUCCCUCCUGUCCAAGGUUCCUGGGGGACAGAGAGUUUAAGGAGACUCUUCAGGAAACGAGAUCAGAUGAAGCACGACCCAGAGCAGUUCUGCAAGCUAAGCAUCACUCUCGCCUGGGAUAUCGAUGUGGGCUCUGACUGUGCAGACUCACUAGCUAAUCUGGAUCUAAACAGCCACAGCCAGUGGAUGAAUAAGUGGCCAGAAGACAGGACAAAACUGACUCCCUACAAGCUGGAUAAUCUAGUACGGAAACUCGAGACAUUUCUAGGAAAAGAAAAAGGUGGCCAGCAUGACAGCCAUGUGCUCCCUGAAUCUACUCAGAAGGAAGAUGUCUUCCUCAACAGCAGUCCCCCUCCACAUACUGCUCAGGUCAGUCAUCACGGACAUGAUGCUUGUCAAGACUUGCCCAAGCACAAAACCCUGGAGAAUGAAGAUAUCUGUCAGGCCCCAGAGAAUCCUCCAAGGUUGCUGAAAGAUGAAGUUGUGGAGAUAAGCCAGGCAGAUGGGAGCUCCUUGGAAACCUCCUCCAUGUCAUCCCCUCGGCCGGAGGAUGCUUCCCACUUACAUAGAACAUCUUGUGUGAACUUCCAGUGGGUCUUCCACUGGCUGAGGACACAAGUCUUCUCCCGAUGGAGGAGAGAGCACCCUAGCCAGGCUCCUGUCAGCUGGCACCAGAAAGCAAUGAGGAGGAUACAUUCUUUUAGAGGCAACAGAAUCCAACCCCAAGAAUGACUCGAGAAUGAGUUCACCUGACAUCCCCAGAUUUUUAAACCUUUGAAGCCCCUUGCUCAACAAUCCCUAAGAGGUGUGUGUUCUCUCCUCCACCUCACGGAUGAGGAGAUCAAGACCUGGAGUACACAGUGGGAGUUUCCAAUCUUCAUAUUCCUUCUGAACCAGACACUUAUUACAACCAGGAACAAAUGUAUCUGAAGUAGCCUGGUAUCCUAGAUCAUCAGAACUGCUGUCUUGAUGUUGGACAUCAUGAGUCCAAGGAGUGGUUCAGUCUCAGUACCCACUGGAAGCACAACCUAUGCCAUGCCACCGCGGUGGGGGCCAGUGGGAUAUAUACUGCCUUCUGGAAAUGAGGGUUUGCAUAAUGAAAGAGUAAAACACACAUAAAAUAGACAAAAUGGAGCAAAAUUAGGCAAAAAAGGAGGAGGGACAGGGGAUGCCAUUUAGGAAGCAACACCUAGGUUUUCCAAGAGUUAAUUCUGCCUUCUGAGUUCAACAAGCAUAUUUCCAUCCUGAGUCAACGUAGAUUGCUUGGAGAAGACACACAUGACACAGAGGGGAAAAAGCUGUGGGAACUGUUGAACAGGGGUUCCCAUUUGCCUCAAGUCCACGUCUUGGCUGUACUGAAGAAUAAGUCCACUUUAGUAAGAUUUCUGGUUUCUGCUUACUCCUUGUAACCUCUGGAAUUAUGCAUCAAUACAAAGUAUUCAAGCA